AUGCAGCCGGGUUCAUCUACUGUGGCAUGCUUUCUGGAUCUUCACUCAUCCUUUAACGUCACAUUGACUCCGAACGCUUCAACCACUUCAAAAGCUUACAAUCAAUGUCGACAAAGCAGAGAUGAUUUUUAUUACAAAGAGACUAAACAGUUGUUUCCGCAGAUGAAACAUCCUGCUUCCGAACAACAGCAACGUAUGUCACCAUUCGAUGCCGCUCCUUCUUCCAUCUCCUAUUCACCUCCACUUACUCCACCUUCUUUGGAGUUGCUCAAGAUUGGAAUGCGAGAUGUUCCAUCAUGGCUUAAGUCUCUUCGACUACACAAAUAUACAUCACUUUUCGCUGAACUAAGUUAUGAGGACAUGAUGAAGCUUGACGAAGAAGAAUUGGAGAAGAGGAAGGUGACGAAAGGUGCUCGUAAAAAAAUACUGCAAUCCAUACAAAAACUCUGCAGUCGUAGUGCUGAUCUACGAAAGAUGCAUGAGCGGCUCUCACUAACUCAUCCACAAGGAUGCCUGCGUUGUGUUAUCGCAUCACUACGUCAAAUGAUGACCACUCCAAUGAUUCCGUAUAUCCCUGCACCAGGCGAGAAUUCUGACAACGUCCAUGGAUUUACGUGUGUGUCAAAUAUUCAUGACCAGAAUGUGCCCGGUUUGAUCUUCAACGUACUUCGCGAAGUGCAACAAGCUGUGUUUGUCUCUAGUAGGCAGCCAUUGGAUCUUGAGUAUGACUAUCUCCUAAUGCUUUUCGCCAUCUACGACCGCAUAUGUAAUAGCGAGGCGUUCACUUCUGCGCAAAAACAACGAGUACUUCAAUGGAAACGCCUAGCACGCAAAGCUAUCCGUCCUGCAGACGUUCGUCGCCAGCGAAUAGGGAUUCCUCAUUCUGGAAAAUGUGAACUAUGUCAUUACAAGGAUCUUUCAUAUCGCGACAAUGGAAAAAUGAACAAUAAGCCGAAUGUUGGUUCCUCCGAGCGAAUUUCGUGUCAACUACAACAGCACAGAUUUGCCGACGCCCAAAUUACCAAUCAUUUUUCUCUGGCAGGAGUUGUGCUAAACCCUUUUUUGAGUACAUCUGUUCCGGUGUCACACUACGGAGUGGAUCAGUAUAUUGUCAGACAAUGGCCACCCACUUUUAUUUUGGACAACAAUCAUCAGAACAACGUUAACCUGAGGAAUCGAACUCGACGAAUGUUGCCGCUUAAUGCUGAAGUGAUUACUCAAACCGUUCCGCAGUAUCGCUCACAGCAACGUUUCGUUCCUGUGGAAACGUCUAUUCCCUUGCUCUCUGGUUCAUCUCAGUCUCAUGAGGUUCCGAGUCGUUGGCCACGUUCUAUAUACGAGAAUCGAGAACUUUUGGCCCGGGAUAAUGCUGGAAGAAUCCAGUUGAAUAAAUUAUUGAGCCAACCGUCAAGCUUGUGGGACUCACUCUCGCCUUCGUGCCCACCAGUUGAGCGUAGCGGCGACACUACUUCCGGUUACAGCAGCUCGACUAGUGACCGGUCAUCUGGAGCAGGAUCACCUCGUGCUUGCGAUUUUGGCCAAACAUUAUACGACCGUGUUUGUCGUGAACUUGCUGCACUUCAGCUCAGCAUUUAA